UCAAACAGAAGUAUGAAUGUCGUUAUUGUAAUGCGACUAUGGAGAUGAGAAAGGAAUAUUCAAAACACUUUGAAACGCACAAGGAACAAGGUUUAUAUAAGUGCACUUGGCCCACAUGUGACAAGAAAUUCCUUACCUCAAAGGGACUUCGAGAGCAUUACGUAAAACAUCAAACUAAAUUUCCAUGUGAAAUUUGUGGCUGUUUGCUUUCUUCCAAGCAUGCACUACAAAGGCACGAGAAGCAACACCGCGGUAUUGGAA